UUUUCCGGCUUGAUAUAGAGGCCUUAUAGUGUGUAGUAACUGGUCCCGCAUAUUGAUUCUGAGGCUUCCCUAAACUUCACAUCUGUCAGGGUCUGUGUUUGUGUGUUAACUCUGCUUAGUCAAAUAGACUCCAGUUUUAACAGUGAUUGUGUUUUAUUGACAGACAAAUGUGUUUAAUUUCAUCUAGGUUGGAUUUUGUGUGACAGCUCCGGUGAUUGUUUUCUCCAGGUUUUCCGAUAAGGUUUAUUCAUUUCCGUCUGGCAUGCCAUAGCCAAAGGUUUCUGAGACUGAUGUAAAGAUUUUGUGGGGAGGAUCUAGAGGUGUGGCCCUAACUUACAGUGUUGUGUGAACCUCUAUGGGAGAGAUCACUGGGUCGGGUGCCAUGGAUCGAUGGGUGUGUCCGAACGACAGACAUUUGGCCCUCAGAGCUAAACUGGGAACAGGAUGGUCAGUCCACACCAACAAAUUAUCGACUUUCCAUAAAGUGGACCAACUCAAUAUGGAGGAACAGGAGCAUAUCAUGAAUGUCAUUGCCAAGGCAGACUACCUUGACCAAGUCGAGCAGGAGAGGAUUGGUCGUUUGGUGGAGAAACUGGACAACAUGAAGAAGAACGCCAUGGGAAAUGGAACAACUCAGUGUAUCCUGUGUGGGGACGAGUUUGGUCUACUGGGGGCUAGCCCCACUCACUGUGAUGACUGCAAAAAUGCAGUUUGCACCAAAUGUGGCAUCGAUACCUUCAACAGCAAUAAACAACAGUUAUGGUUGUGUAAGAUCUGCAGCGAAUACCGAGAGGUUUGGAAACGAUCAGGAGCCUGGUUUUUCAAAGGAAUUCCAAAGUAUGUAUUACCAGAGAAAAAGUCAGAGAGUUCAAAGGUUGGAGGUCACAGAGGUCACCGGGAGGUGCCAGGCUCAAUGAGGUCUCGGCCAGGGUCAAUUAGAAGUCACACCACAUGGCACAGAGGAAGGGCAAGUCAUGCAAGUUAUGGAGAGAGCAGUGACCAGGAAUCAUCCAGUAGCUCUGAUGAUGAAGUUAGCAUUGGGAAGAGAAAGACAGUCAAACGCUCAGAGAGUGACAAUAUUAGCGUAACAAGUUCCACUAGUGGUCAGUAUUAUGGUAACCAUGCCAACAAAGAUCAACGACCAAGCAUCACUAGUAGCAACUAUUAUGGUGGACAUCUUAGUGCCACUGAGAGUAGUCGUGGUGAUGAUCCCCAUGACGAUACAGACAAUGAAAGCAUUGGGGGUCUGAUUCAUCAUGGGACGAAUGGGUCACGUGAUCAACAUCCUCCAACCAAACUGGUAGAUGAGGCAGACAUUGAUGAUGCUUUUAGCAAAUAUAAAAAUAAUCACUCCCUCUCAGAGGAACAUGAAGACAGCCUCUCUUCCCCUGACAGUCCCACUGGAGGUACCCCAUUGGGAUCUUUAGAAAUGUCUUUACUGUAUGAUGCCACUAAUAAUGCUCUUCAUUGUACCAUUGUGAGAGCCAGAGGACUGAAAGCUAUGGAUUCCAAUGGUCUAUCUGAUCCUUACGUCAAAUUACACUUACUUCCUGGGGCAAGCAAGUCCAACAAACUUCGAACUAAAACAAUACACAAGACUCUGAAUCCAGAUUGGAAUGAAACCCUGACGUACUACGGGAUAACGGAAGAUGACACGAUUAGAAAGACCCUGCGGUUGGCUGUUCUGGAUGAGGAUGCCUUUGGGUUCGACUUUAUUGGUGAGACAAGAGUUCCCCUGAAAAGGCUUCAGCCACAUCAUACCAAACACUUUAAUGUCUGUCUUGAAAAGCAAAUUCCUACUGACAAAGAUGAUGACCUUCUGUCACAUGACCGAGGUAAAAUCCUGCUGGGUUUGAAAUUUUCCACGUCCAAGCAGUCACUUGUGGUGUCUGUCGUUAGAUGUGUGGAGCUGGCCGCUUGUGAUACUAAUGGAUAUUCUGACCCCUAUGUCAAACUAUACUUAAAACCAGAUCCAGAGAAGAGAUCCAAGUUUAAAACUGUGGUAAAGAAGAAAACUUUAAAUCCUGAGUAUAAUGAGGAGUUUAUAUAUGAAAUAAAGCAUAAUGAGCUAGCUAAGAAGACACUGGAGAUUACUGUGUGGGACAGAGAUAUUGGUAAAGCCAAUGACUUCAUUGGUGGUGUACAACUUGGUAUUAGUGCAAAGGGUCAACGUCUGAAGCACUGGUACGACACUCUGAAGAAUCCUGACCACAAGUUUGAGCGCUGGCACACCCUGGCCGCCGAGCUAAUUCCAGAGGUCUAGAUUAAUACCCACCCUCCCCAAUUCUCUGUUGUGUUCCUGAUGAAUACUAACAGAGAACACCAGAUGAUUGCCCGGCAGAGCUAAUACAUUUUAAUUCUGAUUGUGUUUGAAUUCUGUACAAUAAGUUCUGCUGUUGUAGAUUUUCUUGUUUCAAAUAGUUUACGUUCAACAUUUUGAUAUCUUAUUUUCAACAUAAGUUUGUAAAUCAUAUACAGUAAAACAGGCUUUUAACAAAUGUAUGCUUAUUGUGAAGUGAAGUUUAUUCCCAUAGGAGAGGAAAAUACCAAAAAUUUCAUUUGACAUCAUGAAGUUUGGUUAUAACAAGCCAUAUUCCGGUGGCCCUGGAGGUUUGCUACAACCAUGUUUUACUGUAAUUCUUUAAAAAUCAUUUUAUUUAAGUUAAAAAAUCUGUAAGCAAUCACUUGAUAUGAAUAUUGAUGGAAGAGGAGAAGAAACUUUGCCCUUUUUGUACAAGGAUAUUGUCAAACAUUAUUAUUUGUUUUAUAUUCAUAUUUUAAGUGCAAUAUAGGUGCAGAACAAUUAUUAAAUUGAAAACUGUACUGUGAUAUUUAGCUUUUGUUCUGAGAAUAGAUCAUACAUGUAUAUGCUAAAAAUGAUGCUUCUUAUUCAACUGUGAAAAAUCAAAUUUAUGUGUCACAAGAAUUUGGAAUAAUAUUCUUAAGUAGAAUUUAUGUCUUUUUUGUGCUAUAUGUUUGUAGUUUGUUGUAUUUUUUGGACUCUGCUUUUAAAUUUCAAAAUAGGUGACUCUUGGUAGGAGAUCACGUAUUUAUAAUGGCUUUGGAGUCUAUGAUUUAUAAGAGGGAGAACAGGUAAUCACACAGCCUUGGGUAUUGCAUACUGAUGUCUUCCAUGUCAUGUGUAGAAGUCUGCAUAUGCCUGUAAUUUGGGUAUCAGAAUGACAAUUGAUAUGUAAAGUCAUCAAAAAAGAAUCUCUCUCCAUACCAGACCCAAGAGGGACCAGUUAGUCCCACAAAGCCCUUUCCCCCUCUCCAAGGAUCCACUAGUGGUUUUUGUUUGCUAGAUGUAUAUUUGUUGAAAUUUUGACAAUUAUUUAAGCUACCAGCAUUUGACAUCAAAAACACUACACAAAAAACUGAAUUCUGGUUAUCUGUGCUGGGUACUCCCAUUGUAAAAUGUGUUGCAAAAUUUCCAUACACAGUACAGCAUAGAAUGCCUUAUUGUUUCAAGGUUGUGAAUUUUCUAGUUUAUGAUGAUUUCAAUACUCUACAUAUGUAUGUUACAUGAAUCUGUUACAACACUCGUAUGUUUAAAAAUAUUAAAUAUUUUUGUUCAA